AUGACAAAAUUAGUAUUAUUCUUUUUAUUAAGUUUAAUCGCCACUAUUUUUUCAACUCCAUUAGAUGACUAUGUUAAUGCUCCUGAUGCAAGUUAUAAAUGGACUUUAAAUAAUACUCUUAAAUACGAAACCUUCACCGGUUAUAUUAUUGAAUUAACAUCACAAACAUGGAUGACUGAAAAAGAAUCAAAUUGGCCAGUUUGGAAACAUUGGGUUAGCGUUUGCGUACCAAAUAAUGUUAAUACAAACACUGCAUUUUUAUAUAUUGAUGGUGGUUCAAAUGAUAAUUGGAAAACCCCAACUAAAAUGGACUCAACCAUUGAAAUUGCUUGUCUUGCAGCUGGUUCAAUUGUUGUAGGUGUUACUCAAAUUCCAAAUCAACCAAUUAUCUUUAGUAAUGAUGGUCUUCCAAGAUUUGAGGAUCAAGUUAUUGCCUACACUUGGAGAAAAUUUUUAGAAAACUCAACAGAUGAUAAUGCAGUUUGGUUAGCUAGAUUACCAAUGACCAAAGCUAUUGUUAAAGCUAUGGAUGCUGUUCAAGAGUUUGGUAAAACUAUUGGUGAAAAUAUUCAAGAUUUUAUUGUUGCUGGUGCCUCAAAGAGAGGUUGGACCACAUGGACUACUGGUGCUGUUGACCCAAGAGUUAGAGCUAUUGUUCCAAUUGUUAUGCCAAUUUUAAAUAUGGUACCAAAUAUGGGUCACCAAUAUCAAGCUUAUGGUGAAUGGAGUUUUGCCUUAAAUGAUUACACUAAUGAAGGUGUCAUGGGUUAUUUACAAGGUCCACAAAUGAAAGCUUUAGCUGCUAUUGUUGAUCCAUUCAGCUAUAUCGAAAGACUCACCAUGCCAAUUUAUGCUGUUUGUUCAACUGGUGAUGAAUUUUUCCUUCCAGAUUCAGCUCAAUUCUUCUGGAAUAAUUUAACCUAUACCCCAGAAAAACAUUUAAGAUUAGUACCAAAUGCUGAACAUUCAUUAACAGGUCACCAAAUCGAUAUUAUUUUAUCAAUUGUUACAUUCAUUAAAUUAAAUGUUGCAGAAACCCCACGUCCACAAUUUACAUGGAAUAUUACAUAUUCAGAUGAUAACAACAGUGGUACAAUCACAAUGGUCGUCAGCGAAGGUAGCAUUGCACCAUAUAAAGUUAAGGUUUGGGAUGCUGUAACCGAAAGUACAACAAGAAGAGAUUUCCGUCUCAUUACUUGUAUGGACCCAACCAAAUGUGUUCAAUUUGUUCUCUGGAAGCCAACAGAUAUUAAACCAACCUCACCAGGUGUUUACACUUACACCAUGUCAAAACCAAACAAAGGCUGGAGAGGUUUCUUCCUUGAAGCUGAAUACAUUUUUGCCAAACCAUCAGUUAAUGAUGAAUACACUCUUAAAUUCACCACCGAAGCUGCAGUUGUUCCAAAUGUUUUACCAUUCGGAACUUGUCUUGAAUUAGAUGGUUGUGGUGAUGGUACCAAUAUUCCACCAAUUGAUUCAAGUGAUAGCAGUACCGAAUAA